AUGAAGGCCUGGAAGAAGAUAUCCAUUUUAACUGUUACCCUUUGCUUGUACAUUGUUCUUGGCGGGGUUUUAUUCAUACACUUGGAAGAAGAACAGUCACGGGAGGCACAAGUACAAUUUAUUGACUUUGUCCAGAACUUUUUAGCGAACAACAGCGAGUGUGGCUUAAAUAUUGACGCGACCAGGCAACUGAUUCAAGAAAUAGAAACUGCCACGACAGACAGAGUGUCAUCUAUUGUGUACGGUAGCCCUGCGGGUGUCGCGAAGGAGGUUUGGUCCUUGCAAAACGCUGUUGUGCUUUGUUUCACAAUAGUCACCACAAUGGGAUUCGGAUGGAUCACCCCGAAGACAAAGGCAGGCCAAAUGUUUUGCAUAUUUUAUGCCAUCAUUGGAAUCAUUCUGCAGGGAUACAUGCUCUCUGUUAUCGGCGACACAUUCCACGUCUUCUGGUUGAAAUGUUCCAAUCUUUUCAAAAAAGGUGUUGCGUGUAUCAAAUCGAAGCGACGGCGAAGUUUCUUCGGUACAGCAGCAAUUAUUACCACCAUGUGGGCCAUCCUCAUUGUUAUCCCCGCAGCCAUUUUCAUGCAAACGGAGAACUGGUCUUUCAUGACGGCGCAAUAUUUCAACGUGGUUUCACUCAGCACCUUGGGGUUCGGUGAUGUUGCUCCUUCGCACGCUGCUCUUCCGUUUAUGUAUCAUACCGUCUUCAAUGAAUGGGCGUACAGGCUUGGUCUCAUGCUCUACAUGUUCCUUGGUAUGGCGAUUAUUUCCAUUGUUUGCGUCGGUGUCUGGCGCUCUCAGAAGAAAAAUAUGAAGAGGGCCAUUAGCAGUACUCGACUUCGUCUGAUGAAACGUGGGAUUGGAAAGAAUAGCAUCAGUCAGAAUAUUGAAGAGGACAUCGAAUAG